AGAGAAAGCAGUGUCGCAAUCACACACUGAGAGAAGAGACCUCUAAAAGCUUUUUUUGAUUUCGUUUUUUGUAUCUCUCUCUUGAAACCCUAGAAAACUCUCUCAAUCAAUAAAAUCAUCUUUCCACAAUAAAGCUCUCUCUCUCUGACGCUCUUCUCUCUCAGAAAAACCUAACUCCGUUCUUCUUGUUUUCGUAAACUUGUAGAUCGAUUUCGUUUUGGUUUCGUUUGCCUCGAAUAUUUUCUCGAAGCUUCCAUACAUUAGGAUCUGGCAGCUAUUGCUAUUCUAUCCUAGUUACUUUCACAUUCAGAGAGAGUUUGAUUCUUGUGGGAGAGGACUAGUUCCCAUUUCUUCUUUGUGUUCUCGUAAGCUCACUUCUAGAUUUUAAGUGUAAAGAUGACUGUAAGAACUCCAGGAACACCUGCUUCAAAGAUAGACAGGACACCAGUAUCAACCCCGGGAGGGCCAAGAUCUAGGGAAGAGAAGAUUGUCGUAACAGUACGGUUAAGGCCUCUAAACAAAAGGGAGCAGCUGGCCAAAGACCAAGUAGCAUGGGAUUGCAUUGAUGAUCAUACAAUUGUGUAUAAGCCCCCACCUCAGGAACGUUCAGCUCAACCGGCAUCGUUCUCUUUUGAUAAAGUUUUUGGUCCUGCUAGUAUAACCGAAGCAGUAUAUGAGGAAGGAGUAAAAACUGUUGCCCUGUCUUCUUUGAUGGGCAUCAAUGCAACUAUAUUUGCAUAUGGACAAACUAGCAGUGGGAAGACGUACACAAUGAGAGGAAUCACAGAGAAAGCUGUUAAUGAUAUCUAUAGGCAUAUAAUGAAUACACCGGAGAGAGAUUUUACAAUCAAAAUUUCUGGACUUGAAAUAUAUAAUGAGAAUGUAAGAGACCUGUUAAAUUCAGAAUCUGGUCGCAAUCUGAAGUUGUUGGAUGAUCCAGAGAAAGGUACCGUGGUUGAGAAGUUGGUAGAGGAAACAGCAAAUGAUGAUCAACAUUUGAGACAAUUGAUCAGUAUUUGUGAAGCUCAAAGGCAAGUUGGUGAAACUGCCCUUAAUGAUAACAGCUCACGGUCACAUCAGAUAAUACGGCUGACAAUUGAAAGUACUCUCCGUGAAAAUUCAGAUUGUGUGAGGUCUUUCAUUGCAAGCUUGAAUUUUGUAGAUCUAGCUGGAAGCGAAAGAGCUUCACAGACACAUGCAGAUGGUGCUAGGCUCAGGGAAGGGUGCCAUAUUAACCUUAGCUUGAUGACACUCACAACAGUAAUCAGAAAACUGAGUGUCGGCAAAAGAAGUGGUCAUAUACCCUACAGAGACUCUAAGCUUACUCGCAUAUUGCAGCAUUCACUUGGUGGGAAUGCACGCACCGCCAUCAUAUGUACUUUGAGCCCCGCAAUGAGCCAUGUUGAACAAUCUCGAAACACUCUAUACUUUGCUACCCGGGCAAAAGAAGUAACGAAUAAUGCCCAAGUAAACAUGGUUGUUUCAGACAAGCAACUAGUAAAACAUUUGCAGAAGGAAGUAGCCAGGUUGGAAGCAGAACUGCGCACUCCUGAUCCAAAGAAGGAAAAAGAUUUCAAAAUUCAGCAGAUGGAGAAGGAAAUGGAAGAAUUGAGACGCCAAAGAGAUCUUGCACAAUCUCAGGUGGAUGAAUUACGCAAAAAACUUCAGGAGGACCAGCAGGGUUCAAAUCCAAUUGAAUCUCCCCGUCCAUCAGUGAAGAAAUGUCUCUCCUAUACCGGUGCACUAUCUCCAAAACUUGAAGGCAAGGAGCUAGGCCGUGGUGAUAAAGUGAGAAGUACAAUGUUAAGGCAGUCUAUGAGGCAAUCAUCAACAGCUCCGUUCACACUUAUGCAUGAAAUUCGAAAACUAGAACACCUCCAGGAGCAGCUUGGAGAAGAAGCAAAUCGAGCUCUUGAAGUACUACAAAAGGAGGUGGCUUGUCAUAGAUUGGGUAACCAGGAUGCAGCUGAAACAAUUGCUAAGCUACAAGCAGAAAUAAGAGACAUGCGCUCUGUGCGUUCAUUACCAAGAGAAGUUGAAGUUGGAAAUGUAGUUGCUCCUAAUAAGAGUGUCAGUGCUAAUUUGAAGGAAGAGAUUACAAGACUUCAUUCACAGGGUAGCACCAUCGCCAACCUUGAGGAGCAGCUUGAAAAUGUUCAGAAGUCUAUUGACAAAUUGGUAAUGUCUCUUCCAAGCAAUUAUCACCAGUAUAACAGUGAAUCAUCCUCCAAGACUAAGAAGGAACUAAAAAAGAAGUUACUUCCUUUGGCUUCAAGUAAUGCAGCCAACCAGCUAAAUUUUAUAAGAUCUCCUUGCUCACCUCUAUCAGCUUCUCGGCAAGUUUUGGAAUCUGAUAUUGAAAAUAUAGCUCCAGAGAACGAUGAUACUGUGUCCAGUGAGACUCAUCCAGAGUCUGAAAAGGAAACACCAACAAAGAAUGAAGAAGGUGGGGAUGUCUCAUCUAAGGAAAACACUUCAGGCUACCGGCGUUCUAGUUCAGUUAACAUGAAGAAAAUGCAGAAGAUGUUCCAAAAUGCAGCAGAAGAGAAUGUAAGAAGCAUAAGAGCAUAUGUUACAGAACUGAAAGAACGUGUGGCCAAACUUCAAUACCAAAAACAACUACUUGUUUGCCAGGUGCUGGAGCUGGAAGCAAAUGAAGAAGCUGGGUACAAUUUGGAGGAUGAGGAAUACACAUGUGAGCCAGAUGAGCCACAGGUUUCAUGGCAAGUAACUUUUAGAGAUCAAAGGCAGCAGAUCAUUGAGUUAUGGGAUAUGUGCUACGUCUCCAUCAUCCAUAGGACCCAGUUUUAUUUGUUAUUCAAGGGGGACCCAGCUGAUCAAAUAUACAUGGAGGUGGAGCUUAGGCGCUUGACUUGGUUACAGCAGCAUCUAGCAGAACUUGGGAAUGCAAGCCCAGCUCCUCAAAUAGGGGAGGAGCCCACAAUCUCUUUGUCAUCAAGUAUCAGAGCAUUGAAGCGUGAAAGGGAAUUUCUUGCAAGGAGGUUAACCUCACUUUUGACUGUGGAAGAGAGAGAUGAAUUGUACAUUAAAUGGGAUGUCCCACUUGAAGGGAAGCAUAGGAAGAUGCAACUAGUAAACAAGCUGUGGACAGAUCCCCAUGAUGCUAAGCAUAUACAAGAGAGUGCUAAAAUAGUGGCAAAGCUUGUAGGAUUCAGAGAAGGUGGCAACAUGUCAAGGGAGAUGUUCGAGCUUAAUUUUGCACUUCCAUCUGAUAAGAGGCAGUGGCUUGUGGGCUGGAAUCAAAUUUCAAAUCUUAUUCAUUUGUGAAAAAAUUACAUUUUGUUUGUAAGUAACUUUCCAUUCUUAUCUUUUGUACAUGCAAUUGAAUUUUGGAGCUUUCCUCCAAAAUGUCUUAUGUUAUUUCUUAACGUGUGACUGAUUGAUCGCACUAUGCUUGAUGAUGGCUCGAGAUAUUAAUUUUUGUAAUAUUCAUAUUUGAAUAAAAGAAUCAAUUCAUUUGGCUUC